GCGACUUACUCGGCUCAUUCUGUUCCCCUACCUAACCCGCUGUACAUAGAUCCCCUUUUUUCUUUUAACGCACGCUUGGUCAUGCAUGGACACGAAAACUACCAAACGUAAAGUGAGAUUUAGAAAUCCCAACGCCAUCGCGCUUACUAUACCCGUUCCUUUCCCUUUUACUUCAUUUCCUGCCGUGUAAGCCGCUGCUCGUGCCUACCGCAAGCGUGUUCCAGCAGUCUCUGCUGUCUUCGUCUUGUUCAGUGUUUUCGUUUCCUCUUUUCCUCUUUUUCACAUACCAUCACAACUACUUUCCUUCUUUGAGCUAGGUAGACGCGCAUUUUCUUCCGAGAUGUUUUCCUCCACGUUGUCGUUUGACGCCCUUACGGCCAUCACAUCCUUUUAUGAUCCGACUUCGACUCCGCUAGCCCUCACCGCUGCCUCCCCCGCCACGCGAGAGUCAGCAGAAAUGACUGCCUUUGCGGAGUUUCCGCACCGGAGCGCCGAGCUGCUACCCGGGCGGGUGAUGUUCGGCCUCGACCCACGAGACGGGGAGCGUGUGGCCGCCAUUGGCGAUAUGCAGCAGUUCGAACGCAUGGUGUGGUGGCUGACGCGGCCGAGCAGCGCAGCCGGGCGCCGGCCGUUUCCGCUCCGCAGCGUCCACUUCUGCCUCGACAGUUCCGUGGAGUCGCCAGUAGACGUCGUUGCGCGCGUGCCACUGUGUGCGGCGACGGUGACGAGUCUCAACCUGAACACGCGGUGCGACAUGUGCAACCAGAUCUCUAGUCUUCGGGCAAUUUCGCAGCUGGUGGGACUGCGGGAGCUGCUGAUGAAGCACACGACGGUGUCGCAGUCGUCGCGGCCGCUGCCGGUAAACAUGACCGACGACCUCCAUGCUGUUUUCCGCAACCUGCGCAAGCUUGUGGUGGGGGACUACUACGUGGUGCAGCAGCUGCCUUUGAAGGAUUUACACCACCUUGAGGAGGUCGACCUGAGCGGGACGGGCGUCAACGUUGCGGUGAUGGAGGCGAUUGCGGGCUGCUGCCGCGUGCGCUCGCUGAAGCUGCGCGGUUGCCUCGGCAUCGAUGACUUUGCUCCAUUAGGGGCCCUCACUCAACUUUCAUGCCUCGACCUCUCUCACACCCACCUCCGCGACCACGAGCUGCGACACCUGUGCAAGUGCUGUCAACGGCUGUCGUCGUUCGCUCUCAACCACUGCGACGCCCUCGGCAACUUUGCCCCUUUGGAAGAACUGAACCAACUCAGCUGUCUGCACGUCGGACACACCGCCUUCCGCAACUCCGACCUCGAGCGGGUGUGCGUGCUGCCGGAGUUGGCGGAGCUGCACAUCGAAUCGUGCCGUCUCCUCGACGUCUUUGGGCCUCUCGCCUUCCUGCGGGACCUGUGCGACCUCGACGCACGCGACACGUGGGUGGACGACGCCGGGGUGGUGGCCAUCGCGCAGUGCACCAAGUUGCGUCGUGUUACCUUAAGCGGCUGCGCUUCCAUCUCGAAGUUCUCUCCGUUGUCGCAGUUGACGCACCUCGAGCACCUCUGCCUGUCCGGCUGCCUUAUUGCGGAUGCGUGUCUUAACGCGCUCUGCACGCCGAUGAUGCCGCUGCGCACGUUUCUCCUCAACGGCUGCCGCGUUCUCCGCGACUUUACGCCGCUGCGGCGCCUGCAGCUGGUAGAGGAGAUAGGUGUAUGCGACACCGCCUUCAAUGACACUUCGCUGCAGGCUGUUGCGCAGUGCGGCCAGCUGGCCAAGCUUCAUCUUCACAUUUGCAUCGCUGUCACGUCUCUCUCCCCACUCACGUCAUGCGCCCACCUGCGAUAUCUCGGGAUUGGCGGGACACGCUUUUCGAGUGGGUGCUGCGAGGCUGAGUGCGCCGCAUUGCGCGAGCGAGGGGUGCAACUCAACCAUCAGCUCUUCUUAGUUUCUUCUUUCUGA